UGUAUAUUAAUGAGCGACCAAGAAAAAGCUUCGGAAUUACUUGAAAUGGCUGAACUUGUUAGAAAAUGUUGUGAUUAUUUUGAAGACUGCACCCCUGAACCAAGUUCUAAAUUCCCUGUAUGGUUUUUCUCUACAAGUGAAUGGUUGAUCUCUGACCUUUCAGAAUUAAUGGCCCUCUUUUUGUCCAUAUUUCAUAGUGAUCCUUUAAGUUACGGCCAAAAAGUCUGUGCAGCUGUUGGCUUUUGGAUCCGUAAUUUCCCAGUCCAUUUCCAAUAUGAUGCAAAUCCUCAGCUUUAUCGUCUUUUAGAAAGACUCAAAAAAUUAGCGAUGGCUAAUAAUUUUAUUCCUUUACAAGCUGUGGAUGAAUUACUUGAUAUUUCCUCUAUUCCUUCAUAUGCCUGGAUAAGAAACCCUUCAGCUAGAAACCCUCCACUUUCAUCUACCCAUCUCCAAGUUUCUUCAUUUUGCCUUAUAGAGCAUUGGUCUGCUGAAGAAAUUGCUAAAGCAAUGUCUAUUGCUUCUUUUAAUUGUUUUUCUGGUUGGGUCCAAGCAACAAUUCUACUAAAAAGAACUCCACAAGAAAGAGCUUCUGUAAUUGAAAAGUUUAUUAAAGUUGCAAAAUGUUUACGGCAACAAAACAAUUUCAAUACUUUGAUGGCUGUUAUUGGCGCAAUAACACAUUCAAAUAUUGCUAGACAUACACAAACACAAUCACUUUUAAGUUCUACAACUAAGAAAGAAUUAAAUUCAUUAACUCUUUUACUUUCUGCUAGCAAUAAUUACGCAAAUUACAGAAAGGCUUUAAGAGAAGCAAAUCAACAAUUUAGAAUUCCAAUAAUGGGAGUUCAUUUAAAAGAUUUAAUAGCUUUUUGGCACAGUGCUAACCUUGAACAAUUUGAAGAAACUAGGAAAAUAUCUGAGAGAUGUCUAAGCCAAUUAGCCUAUUUACUUUCCAAUUUUCUGAGUGUCAACAGAACUCCGCCCAAUUUUGGUAAUGCAAAUUCGGAUUUAGUUAAUGCUUUAAAGAAGGUGCUAUUUGAUACAAUAUAUAACGAACAUGAGCUCUACAAUUUGUCAUUGAAAAGAGAACCUAAAGCACAUGAUAAUGAACUUUUCUUAAAUAAUAAUCAAAACAAUAUAACAUCACAUUCAGCAAUUGAUAUAAGAAUAGAGGAAACUACAAAUACAAAAGAACCCUUAAAAGAAACAAAAAUAUCUUCAAAAAUCCCUCCUCCUUCCCCAAAAUUUUUAGCAGAAAAUUCGAAAAAUAAUAAUUUUAAACAAAAACAACAACAACCAUUCAUUGAUUUAGAUGAUUUUGAACAAUUUAUUAGUGAAUUUAAUUUAAAAAGUAAACAACAACAACCAUCUACAAGUAAUGAAAAUAAUUUAAAUAAACAACAAAAUGAAGAAGAAAUAACGAGUAAUAAUAGAACAAAACAUAAAUGGAUAGAAUGGCAUUUUCUAACACCAACAAAUUGUUUCAAUUGCAAUAAAAAAUUAUGGAUGAGAUAUGGAAGUAGAUGCUCACGUUGUUUAAUCUUCGUACAUGAUCAUUGUAAAGAAAAACUCCCAAAUUCAUUAGAAUGUCAUCGUCAACAACGUCCACCUCUUCAACAUCAACAACAUUUACAAGAAGAAAAUGAAACAAAACAAAAAGAAUCAACAACAAAUAAUUCAAAUAAAAAAAGUAUAACAGCUAAUUAUAUGACUGGAUGGAUGAAUGCCCUUCUUUCACCUCGUUUUGAAACUUUAGGGCCUUCAAGCUUUUUUGGAACUACUCGAACGGGGAAUUAUACCCAAAGAAGUGGUGGUCGUUAUAGAACAUCAUCCAGCAGCGAUGCCCCGUCACGAGAAGCGUUAAAACAAAAUAUUUCUUCCAGAAAUGAAAAAACAAUACAUGAACAGGGACAUAAUGGUAAAAAAUUGAAAAAUAUUUGUAAAUUAAUGGGAAGUAAUAAAACAUCUGCUUCUUCUGGAACGGCAAAAGAAAAAUGUAGACAACAAAGAAGUGCAGAAAUUAUUUGUGAAAACUCUUCAAAACAAGAAAUAAAGAAGGACGAUAGAAGUUCUUCUGCUCAAAAUACUUCGCGUGCAACUUCUUUAGAUCAAAAAACGUCUAUUUUAGCUACUGAAGAAUUUUUUGAAGAUUAUAAAGAAUAA